AUGCCUAUCCCCGUACCCAAGGCCAACCGUCUCAUUGACCUCCUUAGCCUCAAGGGCAAGGUUGUCGUCAUCACUGGAGCUUCCGGUGCCCGCGGAAUGGGUAUUGAAGCUGCCCGCGGCUGCGCUGAAAUGGGUGCCGACCUGGCCAUCACCUACGCCUCCCGCCCCGAAGGUGGUGAGAAGAACGCAAAGGAGCUCGCCGCAGAGUACGGAGUUAAGGUCAAGGCCUACAAGUGUGACGUCGGCUCCUGGGACAGCGUGUCGGGCUUCGUCAACGACGUGAUUAAGGACUUCGGCAAGAUUGAUGCCUUCAUCGCCAACGCCGGCCGAACCGCCGACAGCGGCAUUCUCGAUGGCUCUGUGGAGGCGUGGCAAGAAGUGAUUCAGACUGAUUUGACCGGCGUGUUCCACUGCGCCAAGGCCGUCGGCCACCACUUCAAGGAGCGUGGCACCGGUAGCUUCGUCAUUACCGCCUCCAUGUCCGGCCACAUCGCCAACUUCCCCCAGGAACAAACCUCCUACAACGUCGCCAAGGCCGGUACUAUCCACAUGGCCCGCUCCCUGGCCAACGAAUGGCGCGACUUUGCUCGUGUGAACAGCAUCUCCCCCGGUUACAUCGACACCGGUCUUUCCGACUUUGUUGCCCAGGAUGUGCAAGAUCUGUGGAACUCCAUGAUCCCCAUGGGUCGCAACGGUGAUGCCAAGGAACUCAAGGGUGCCUACGUCUACCUGGUCAGCGAUGCCAGCACUUACAUGACCGGUAACGACAUGCUCAUUGACGGUGGUUACACCGUGCGGUAA